AGGAGGAAGAAAAAAAGCCAUUAUUAGUAGUUCUUGUGAUACAAUCAAUCUACGCAGGCUACUUUGUAAUAACAAAGCUUGCAUUCGACGUGGGAAUGAACACUUUUGUCUUUGUCUUCUACAGACAAGCUGCUGCUACCCUCUUCUUGGCCCCCAUUGCCAUCUUCUUCGAAAGGAAGAGUGCUCCACCAUUGUCAUUCUCAAUCUUCAUCAAGAUUUUCUUGCUCAGUCUGUGUGGGAUUACAAUGAGUUUAGACAUCGUGGGUGUAGGUUUGAAGUACACGUCUGCGUCUUUGGGUGCUGCCACUUCCAACACUCUCCCCGUCUUAACUUUCUUUCUUGCAGUUCUAUUAAGGAUGGAGAAGGUGAAUAUAAGGACAAGGGGUGGGAUGAUGAAGAUUGCAGGAGUAUCACUGUGCAUAGGAGGGGUAGCAACCAUAGCAUUCUACAGAGGGCCUUUCUUGAAAAUAUUAACUCACCAUCACUUGAUAAACAAUCACUUGCAGAAACUUCAAGACCAUGUCCCUUCUCCCACUACUUGGAUUAAGGGUGUCUUUCUCAUGCUCCUUUCCAGCUUCUCUUGGGCUCUAUGGCUAGUACUACAGGGGAGUGUACUAAAAGUCUACCCUUCAAAGCUGCUAUUGACAACACUGCAAUGCUUUUUGAGCACAAUACAGUCAUUCCUAGUUGCUGUUGCUUUUACAAGAGACCCCAAUGACUGGCAACUUGGAUGGAAUAUCAGACUUCUGUCUGUAGCCUAUUGUGGAAUAGCAGUGACUGGUGGCACAUUCUACCUCCAAGCAUGGGUUAUUGAGAAGAAAGGUCCAGUGUUCCUGGCCAUGACAACUCCACUGGUCAUGCUCUUCACAAUCAUUAUAUCAGCAUUUGUCUUGGGGGAGAUUAUUAGUUUAGGAAGUGUUUUGGGAGCACUUCUGCUGGUUGGAGGGCUUUACUUUGUGUUGUGGGGAAAGACUAAAGAGGAAGAAUCAUGCCAGCCACCUGCUGAUGUUGAGAAACCAUUUGGAGGACCAAAGGGAGACACAAAUGUCUAGGGUUAGGGUUAGGGUUCGAAUACAGUUGUCUUAAUGGAAAAGUUCAGCUCGAAUCUGAUUUUUAUCAAAUUCAAUUAUCCAAGGUUCAAAUAUAGUUACUGGUCAGAAAAAAAGUUCAGAUCAUAUCUAACUUUGUCUGAAUUUUACUGUUUAAGGUUUAUUCAUAUACACAGUUG